AUGUCAGAAAUCCCACCGUCUCCUCCUCCUUACCGCAAAGAGACUUCUGUGUCCGCAAUUGCUACACAGCCCAAGCCAGCCACCUUCUUAGACGGACUUCAAAGUCGUAUGAAACGUUUCCAAGAGCUUGCACAGAAGGCUAAGCAGGAAGGGAAUGAUAGAAAGGCUAGAAUGAACAUGAGAAUGGUUGAACAGUAUGCAACGGCUAUCCGUGAUGCUAAGGCUGGACGGCCAAUCGCAGUGGCUGAACUUCCCUCCACGCCGGACAUGCCGCCGUUACCACCUCAAAAGCCUGUAGUAGUCCCCAAAGGACCUGCUCCCGGAAUGCGUCCCCCACCUGCUGUGGGACCUCUGGCUCCAUCCGGUCAGCCAGGGAAGUCUAGAAAUUCCACUCAGCUUGAGUUUCUUCUGGAGCGGCAGAAAGAGUUCAGACAUGCUGCCAUGCAAGCAAAAGCUAAAGGAAAUAUGGAGUUGGCGAAAAAGUAUCUGCUAGAGUCUAAGGGCUUCGACAAAAUGAUCGCUGCUGCAAGAGCUGGUUUGCCUGUUUCAAUCAGAUCUACCCCAGUUCCUCCUCAAGCAACGACAUCACAAACAACACUUCAGCCGAAAAUUGUCUCCGCAGGAUCAAGCACAACAGGAGUUGAAGGCCGUGGAGAAGCGUUAGCGCUGAUGGAAAAAGCUUUAAUUGAGCAGGUACAGCUGGCCGAAAAUAGUCGUAUGCGAUUUACGAGAUUAGGAGAUGUGGGCAAAGUAAGUUUUGUCACAGUUUAA